UCGCGCACUCAAUCAUUUCAUUUUCAGGACUAGCCAUUUUAUGGAAGCGACAGGUGGGGGUGGUUGUUACCUCCGCCAACCAUAGGACUAUAAAUACCCCACCUUAGGUUUUCCUCGCCGGUCAGACGAGGUGGAAAAGCGUAGAAGAGGAUGGACUCCGACUAUGGCGUUACCCGCGAGCUUUCAGAUCUACAGAAAACGCGAGUUCGCUAUCAGCCGGAGCUGCCUCCUUGCCUCGAGGGCGCCACUGUAAGGGUAGAGUUCGGCGAUGGGACUACUGCUGCAGAUCCAGCUGGAGCUCAUGUCAUCAGCCAAGCUUUUCCACGUACUUAUGGUCAGCCUUUGGCUCAUUUUUUAAGGGCUACGUCCAAGGUUCCAGAUGCCCACAUUAUAACCGAACAUCCUCCUAUAAGAGUGGGUGUUGUGUUUAGUGGGAGGCAGUCUCCGGGUGGACAUAAUGUUAUUUGGGGUCUUCAUAAUGCUAUCAAGAUUCACAAUCCUAACAGCACUUUGCUUGGCUUUGUUGGUGGUACUGAAGGUUUGUUUGCGCAGAAGACCCUUGAGAUCACAGAUGAAGUUCUUUCCUCAUACAAGAACCAAGGUGGCUAUGAUUUACUUGGACGAACCCAAGAUCAGAUUCGAACUACCGAGCAGGUUAAUGAAGCAUUGGAUUCAUGCCAAGCAUUGAAAUUGGAUGGUCUUGUCAUAAUUGGAGGAGUAACUUCCAAUACAGAUGCUGCACAGCUAGCUGAGACUUUUGCGGAGUCAAAAUGUUCAACAAAGGUGGUUGGUGUUCCAGUCACUUUGAAUGGGGACCUUAAAAACCAGUUCGUUGAGGCAAAUGUUGGGUUUGACACAAUAUGCAAGGUUAACUCACAGCUUAUAAGCAAUGUUUGUACUGAUGCUCUAUCGGCUGAGAAGUAUUAUUAUUUUAUUCGACUAAUGGGCCGGAAGGCUUCUCAUGUGGCUUUGGAAUGCACUCUCCAAUCACAUCCCAACCUGGUUAUACUUGGAGAGGAGGUAACUUCAUCAAAACUUACACUUUUUGAUAUUACGAAGCAACUAUGUGAUGCAGUGCAAGCUAGAGCAGAGCAAGAGAAGUAUCAUGGAGUGGUUGUUAUCCCUGAGGGUUUGGUUGAAAGUAUUCCUGAAUUGUACGCUCUCCUGCAGGAAAUUCAUGGUCUUCAUGGCCGAGGUAUUUUACCGAAUAACAUCUCAGAUCAUCUUUCCCCAUGGGCAUCAGCUUUAUUUGAAUUUUUGCCCCCGUUUAUCAGAAAACAGUUGCUUCUCCGUCCAGAAUCUGAUGACUCGGCACAGCUGUCUCAGAUCGAAACUGAAAAACUUCUUGCUUAUUUGGUCGAGGCAGAAAUGAACAAGCGGAUGACAGAAGGUACAUACAAAGGAAAGAAAUUUAAUGCAAUAUGCCACUUUUUUGGUUAUCAAGCUCGGGGCACUUUACCAUCAAAGUUUGAUUGUGACUAUGCCUGGGUUCUAGGACAUAUCUGUUACCAUAUUCUUGCAGCAGGUCUCAAUGGUUACAUGGCUACCGUAACAAAUUUAAAAAGCCCCGUGAACAAGUGGAAAUGUGGUGCUGCACCAAUUUCAGCAAUGAUGACUGUGAAAAGAUGGUCCCGUGGUCCAGGAGCUAGUCCGAUUGGGAAACCAGCUGUCCAUCCUUCUACUAUUGACUUGAAAGGAAAAGCAUACGAGCUGUUGAGAAGCAAUGCAUCUAGCUUUUUGAUGAAUGAUCUAUAUAGAAACCCCGGACCGCUUCAAUUUGAUGGUCCAGGUGCUGAUGCUAAGACAUUCACAUUAUCUGUUGAAGAUCAAGAUUAUAUGGGCCGGAUUAAACUAUUACAGGAGUAUCUAGAUAAGGUGAAAAAGAUAGUGAAGCCUGGAUGCUCUCAGGAAGUUCUGAAGGCAGCUCUUAGUGCCAUGUCCUCUGUGACGGAUGUCCUCUCUGUAAUAUCAUCUUCCUCUUUGAACUCAGUUGGACCUCUCUGACCUGCAUCAAUCACCAACCACCUUUUGACUACUUGAUAACUAUUGAUUUAUAUUCCUCAGUGAGAUCUCUCCUCUUUUUUCAGAAAAAUAAGAGCUAUUGGAUUUCUGCGGCUUGAAUUUUAUUUGAACUUUUUCUUUUGUUGAUAUUAUGUUGAGUUCUGCCAUCCCUGUUUUCCUAUAUUUGAAUAAUUAUUUAUAAACAUUUUGAU